AUGCCAGCAUCGCCUCUCGAGGUCUGGAGAAUCCACCCGCGAGCUACACGGUAUCGGCUUCGGAAGUUUACAAUAAACGACAUGGCGUCCAAAAAAGAUAUGCGCAGGUUCGAUCUUGCGAUUCCCUACGUCGAGCCGCCCAAAGAUAAGAACGAUGCGGAUAUGACCGGCACCAUGUCGAGCACAAUGCCUAUGGCAGCAAUGUUCACAAGAAACAAGAUGAUCGGAUGGGUCGCCUUUGUCUUCUCGCUCCAAACCUGGCUCGGUGAAACUUCCGAGCAAAAGAAAAAUGCCACUACGCCGGCAUACUUGUCCGUUUUGAUGUCUGUGUUGGCGUUGGGUGUUACCUACCUUCCCAUAUUCCUCCCACCUACACCUGCACCAGGUGGCACGGUCGCGGCGCCUUCACCCACGCCCUCUCCGUGA